AUGGUGAAACCUACCGUGCUCAUCGUCGGUACACCUGACACUAAGCUCGAUGAAAUCCUCUACCUCAGAGAGCAGAUCCUAGCCGAGGGAACGUGCAAUACCAAGAUCCUCGAUGUAAGUCACAGCAUAUCAGCCAAGGUGAGGCAACCUUUGGACAGCCUCCCGUCGGGCGAGGUCAUUUCUCCUCUUGAAAAGCACAGCUCCACCUUGAAGGAGCUCUCGCGCGGCGAGUACAUCGACAAGGCCAUCGAACUAUGCACGCCGGUCGUCAAGGACCUGGUCUCCAAAUCAGCCGUUCAGGGUAUCGUCUCUGCAGCCGGCAGCAGUGGCUCGUCGCUCGCCACGGCCUUGAUGCGUCAUGCCUGUCCGGUCGGGUUCCCCAAGCUGAUGGUGUCGACCAUGGCGAGCGGCGACAUCAAGCACUACGUCGAGGAGACAGACAUCACCAUGAUGUACAGCGUUGUUGAUAUUGCCGGGGUCAACUCGAUCCUCAAACGUAUCUUGUCCAAUGCCGCGGCCGCCAUCUCCGCCAUGACAGUCUCGUAUGCCAAAUCCCUCGUCGACACUUCCGCGCACGCCGCCAAAGGCAAGCGCAUCGCCAUUACAAUGUUUGGCAACACCACGCCGUGUGUUGAUGCGGUGCGCCACAUCCUCACCUCGGCGCCGCACGACGCCUCCGACUACGAGAUCUACGUCUUCCACGCGACCGGCUCGGGCGGCCGCGCCAUGGAACGUCUCAUCGCCGAAGGCCAGAUCGACGCCGUGAUCGACCUGACCACCACCGAAAUCCCCGACGAACUCUUCGGCGGCGUCCUGACCGCGGGGCCCGACCGGCUCGAGAUUGCCGCGAAAAAGGGUCUCCCCAUGAUCGUCUCGGUCGGGGCGUGCGACAUGGUGAAUUUCGGCCCCAAGGACACCGUCCCCGAGAAGUACAAGGACCGCAAACUGUUCGUGCACAACCCGGCCGUGACGCUGAUGCGGACGACCGCCGACGAGAACAAAAAGAUCGGCGAAUUCAUCGUCCGGAAACUCUCCACCAACGCCACGAACCCGUCCUCCAUCCGCGUCCUGAUCCCCGAGAAGGGGGUGAGCAUGCUGGACGGGCCGCCGGACAAGCCGUUCUACGACGAGGACGCCGACAAGGCGCUCUUCGACACCAUCCAGCAAGGGCUCGAGGCCACCGAGAUCGAGGUCGAGAAGCACGACCUGCACAUCAACGACGAGGCCUUUGCGGGCCACGUGGCCAGCGCCAUCCUCGAGGUCAUGGGCGUCACCCAGAAACACUACCGGCUGGCCAACGCGCGCCGGCGCAAGUGGAGCUUCGACCACGGCGCCUCCGUCAUGCUGGCCAGGCGGAGCAGCCAGAUCGAAAUCCCGGAUGCUUGA